UUCUCCCUUUCUUUUCUCCUCUUCCCCACCGUAACUUGCUACUCUUCUUCCUCCUUUCUUCUCUUCUUCUUCGCCUCUUUCUCUAACAACAGCAGCUUCAAGUUGUUGGCCCUUUCAAGCCAACAACCACAUUUCCUCUCCCUUGCUGUCUCGAUUUCUUGGAAGCAACCAUCGAAGCUCACUAGAGCUCAUCGAAACCGCCAGUAGAAAGGGGAAAAGCAACCCUCGCUGUUGUGCUCUUCCAGAAAACAAGUACAACAACCCUUUCCCCCUUCUUUGGUUGUUUUCUAGCAAAUCCCAGCCACCGGAGCCUCUUCUGAAGCUAGCUGACGCCCCUAGCAACAAGGAAAAGCACAAGAUUGAGUCAACAUCAACCCUUUUCCUUGAUUUGUCCCAUUUUCCAGCAAUAGGCGUAGCUUCAAAGGAAGUUGCGAGAUACGAGCUCGAGUGGAGCGCGGUGACCUGCCGACACCCGCAGAUUUUGCUGUAUAUAAGUUUUGCAGGCACGGGGAUCCUUUUGAUAUUAUAGUUGAUUUUGGACUUCCAUAGAGUUGCUCAGAGAUCUCGACGUGCUGAUUUUCUGAUUAUACAAUCAGAGGCAGAUCAUCCACCGGGGGUAGCGUCGGCGGUCGCCCCCCUUGCCAGCGGAACGAGAAAAAAAAUUGGGGGCAGUAAGAAACUCUUCGCACUUCACAGCCGCCGGAGAAAAAAAAAACAGAACAUGGUGACGGGGAUGCUGUGGGGCGCCACGCUGGAGGGCGCCGACGAGAAGAUGAGGAGCGCGGUGGGGAAGGAGUUCCUGGAGGUGGUGGCGGAGAUCACUGAGCUACUGGGGAGGCCCAACGUGUCGAACUUCUUCCCGGCGGUGGCGUAGAUGGAUCUGCAAAGGAUCCAGCGCCGCAUGGGCGUGUUCCUGCACCGAUUCGACCGCAUCUUCGAAGAUAUCAUCGAGAUGAGAAGAAAGAAGGCGGCAGCGUAGGCGAAGGAAAAGACUUCUUGGAGUUCAUGCUGAGGCUGGAGAAGGAAGGCUGCGACGGGAAUACACCCUUCACCAUGACUAACGUCAAAGCUCUGCUCAUGGACAUGGUGGUAGGCGGAACAGAGACCACAUCCAACAUGGUAGAAUCCGCUAUUGUGCCGUCGCAGGGAGCUCCCCUGCCGGCCACACGCUUUGCCGCAGGUUCAGCCUUCAGCUUGCAGCAACUCGGCGCAAAGAACACAACAACAAAUUGCAGGUGCGGGCAACGCAAAUCCCCUAAAGUUCUAUGGCGCGGAUGCAGCUCUUUCUCCUACAAUUCUUGGCAAUAGUGCUAGCAGAGACGUUCUUUCUACUUAGCCGAUUUGCAUCAUCUGGAGAUAUAAUGACGGUUAAUCGCUCACUUAUCCAUAACCAGACAUUGAUCUCCGCAGGAGGCGUGUUCCAACUGGGCUUCUUCAAUCCAAUUAACGAUUCUACGAAUGCAUACAUAGGAAUUUGGUACUAUAAUCUCCCACCGAGAGAAAGCAAAGUAGUAGUAUGGGUCGCCAAUAGGAACAAGUCUGUCGACACAUCCAUGACAUCCUUGAACCUGACUUCCGAUGGAAAUCUAAUCUUAUUUGAGGAAGGAACACGGGUUUGGUCCACGGGAACAUCCGCAGAACUCAAUUCCGCACGCUUGCAGCUUUUAGACUCAGGAAACCUCGUGCUGACUGCCGGCAACUCUAACAGAAUUCUAUGGCAGAGCUUCGACCAUGGGUGUGACACUCUACUCCCUGGCAUGAAAAUGGGAUUCGACUUCCGGACCAACACUCCGUGGCAGCUCGUGUCAUGGAUGAAUGCCACGGACCCUUCUCCGGGCAAGUACAUCCUCAGGCUGGAGACGUAUAAUGUUCCGGAUUUUUUCAUGCUUAAUGCGAAUGGAUCCGUCAAAUUCGACCGCAUUGGGCCAUGGAACGGGCAAUGGUUCGUCGGCCUUCCAAUGCUGGGGGACAGCAUCGCAGUGUACGUAAAUUUCACAUACGUGUCCAACCAGAAUGAGAUCUACUACAUCAAUGAAUAUCAGACUCGAUCUCCAGGGUUAUUGCGGUUGGUAGUGGACGAAAACGGAAAGAGCCAGAUUUUGGUUUUUGGAGGGGGGCAGUGGAAUUCUUUGUUGUCUAAUGCGGACUACGAUUGUGAUUACUACAAUAGUUGUGGCCGAAACAGCGUUUGCAGUAGGGGCUACCUCUCAAUCUCCUGUCGUUGCUUGGAAGGGUUUGAGAACAAAAGCGACGGAUGCGCGAGGAAGGAACCCUUGCAUUGCUCGUCGAACCAGUUUUCGAAGGAGCUGAAGGUGAAGGUGCCCGACACCGAGAACGCAACCUCACGAGGCAAGAUUAGUCUGAAUGCGUGCAAGAAAUCGUGCUUGGAUGCAGUGAUCAAUGGGCCUUAUGGCUGCAUAACUUGGCGCGGUGACCUGUUGGAUCUCAGAAGUUUUACCGACGGAGGAGACGAUUUGUACAUUCGGCUUCCAGAAUCAUCAACAACGUCAAAUUGGAAGAGGCUCGUGUGGGCGAUAGUCAUUUCGGCGUUUCUGGGAAUUAUUUUGCUGUGCAGUGUAGGUGUACUCGUUAGAAGGAGGAGAAACAGAGCAUCGACUCGCAGAUUGCAAUUGCAGUUUCCAAAUGUGGAGAAAGGUUCGAUCAGCACAUUGGAUGUACUUCCUUCAUAUGAUUUGCAUACUAUAAAAGGUGCAACAAAUGAUUUUUCCGAAGAAAAUAAACUUGGCGAAGGGGGAUUUGGUGUUGUUUACAAGGGUCAAUUGGAUGAUGGACAAAAAAUUGCUGUCAAAAAAUUAUCAAGAUACUCCUCUCGAGGCCCAAAUGAGUUCCUGAAUGAACUCUCCGUGAUAGCCAAGUUACAACAUAGAAACUUGGUUCGUCUUCUAGGCUACUGCAUUGAAGGAGAUGAGCGUCUUAUGAUACUCGAAUACAUGGAAAAUAAGAGCCUUGAUGCCUUUAUUUAUGAUAAAGCUAAAAGUUCAUUGCUAAAUUGGCAAAGACGUUUCGAUAUUAUAAUUGGGAUCGCUCGAGGCCUUUUAUACUUGCAUCAAGACUAGAUUGAGAGUCAUUCAUCGUGAUCUUAAGCCCAGCAAUAUUCUCCUUAACAAGGAUAUGAAUCCAAAGAUUUCAGAUUUUGGCAUUGCAAGGAUAUUUGAAGGAGAUGAUGCUCUUGAGGAUGCAACAACAAGACCUGUUGGAACAUUUGAUUACAUGGCACCUGAGUACUUAUCACGUGGAGUUUUUUCACUCAAGUCAGAUGUAUUUAGCUUCGGUAUGAUAGUACUAGAAAUCAUAAGCGGAAAGAAGAAUAGAGUAUUUAGUCAAACUGAUACAAACUUAAAUCUUUUAGGAUAUGUGAAUAAACUUUGGAGGGAAGAAAGAUCUUUAGAGAUUGUUGAUGAUGCUUUAAAUCAAUCAUAUCCAACAGAAGAAGUUCUGCGUUGUAUUCAAAUGAGUCUUCUAUGUGUACAAGAUAAUAGUAACGAUAGGCCAACAAUGACAGAAGUGAUGGCGAUAUUAACCAGUGAGGAUCAAUUAUUUUCUCCGGUUAUGCAACCUGCUAUAACAUCAACUAGUAGCGAAGGAAAUUUCACUACCAAUGAAAUGAGCUUCACACUUGUAGGCCGAUGAAAUAUGUAUUUCAUU